CUUUUAUAACAAGAAUUACGCAAUGGAAACAAGUACAACAGUACCUAUUGAACAUCGAUUUGAACCUUAUGAUGAUAAUGGAGGUACUUCAUUGGCAAUUGCAGGAAAAGAUUUUUGUAUUAUUGCCUCUGAUACAAGACAAAGCACGGGUUAUAGUAUUAAUUCCAGAUAUGCGCCUAAAGCUUACAAAUUAACAGAGACUUCAGUUAUUGCCAUGAAUGGCUUUCAUGCGGAUGGUUUAACUUUGAAAAAAGUUCUCGAACAAAGAUUAAAGUGGUAUAAAUUUAAUCACGACAAGGACAUGUCAGUUACUGCUUUGGCACAAAUGUUAUCAAUCACAUUGUACCAAAAACGUUUCUUCCCUUAUUACAGUUUCUGUGUGUUAGGUGGAGUUGAUGAAGAAGGCAGAGGUGCUGUCUUUUGUUAUGAUGCUAUUGGAUCUUUUGAACGUGAAUCAUGUCGUGCCAAUGGUUCAGCUGCAUCCUUAAUUCAACCUUUUUUAGAUAAUCAGGUUAAUAAAAAAAAUAUGGAAAAUACAACUUUUCAAGAUAUGGAAUUAGAUGAGGCACUCAAAAUUGUAAAAGAUGCAUUUACUUCUGCUACAGAACGUGAUAUUUAUACUGGUGACAAUCUUCAAAUCUUUAUUGUUCGUAAAGACAAACCAGUUGAAAUUCAACUUCAUCCUUUAAAGAAAGAUUAAAUAAAUGUCUUAUAUUUUUUGUUUUUUAUUGUUUUGAGCAAAAGUUGUAGGGGUUGUGUCUGAUGAUAUGAAGAGUCGCUUAUUAUUUUUUAUAUCGCUUGUAUAUUCAUUACCAGCAUAAAAAUUACUUGUAUCAUCAUGAAAUUUACCUAUUGGAUAGCAUUGUCUAUUUUGUAAAGGAGGUGAUGUAGUAAAUGGCUGUAUUUGAUUAACAAGUAACUUUGUUGAAGAUGUUUGUAUUGAAAUAACAUCCACCAUCAUCCUUUCUCUUCUCCACAUUAUUAAGUAUAUUUUUAUAUGUACGUUUAAAUAGAGGCGUAUGUAUGUAUGUAUAUAAUAUAUUUGUGUAUAUACAAAGAAAGAAUAACUACAAUAAAAAAAGGGAAAAAGGGAAAAAAAAAUAAAAUAAAAUAAUAAUAGGAUAAUAGAGUAGUAAAAGGCUUGAUGAAUAAUUCAUAAUGACUGCUUUUUUAAAAUGA